AUGUCAAAGGCAUUCGUCGACGGACUGCUCAAAUCCUCGAAGGUCGUCGUCUUUAGCAAGUCCUACUGUCCAUACUGCCACAAAGCGAGAGCUGCCCUUGAGUCGGUCAACGUCAAAUCGGACGCCCUUCAGUGGAUAGAGAUUGACGAGCGCCAGGACACCGACGAGAUUCAGGACUAUCUCGGAGUGAGCGUCCCUUCCUCUUUCCUGUUUUUCUUGAAUAACUCAUUCAGGCAUUGACCGGAGCUCGCUCCGUUCCUCGCGUUUUCAUAAACGGAAAGUUUUUCGGAGGCGGCGACGAUACCGCAGCUGGUGCCAAGAAUGGAAAACUCGCCAAGCUUCUUCAGGAAGCCGGAGCACUUUGA